GGGAUGGUAUAUUUUAGUAGUUUUAAAAAGCAACGCUUAUUGUCAGUCAGUAUUGGGUUAGGUCAGCCCGCGUCAACAUGUAACUCUCGUUAUUGUAGUUCUUAUUUCCGUCGAUAUAACGUCGACUAGAAAAAUUAUUUUUUUUCUUUCCAUAAAUGGAUUUAUUUUGGAUUGAAUAGUUACUGUGUAGUGAAAGUGGAUGACUUUUAAAACAGUGGAUUAUUUUUUUUAUUUUUAAAUUAAAAUAUUCAUUGCAAAUGGAUUUUAUUUUUUGUCAUAUUUUUGGAUUUUCAAAGUGAUUGUGGAUGGAGUAUCUAUGGGUUUUUUUCCACGGAUCAGAGCAUGGCACCAUCUUUUUUACAACAAGCUCAAUUUAAUGCAGGAAUACUAGCCAGCCAUCUCGACCUAGAAACCAUAAAGUAUUCUCUAUCACCAAGCGACUAUUUGUAUCUACUCCCGCAUCUUGCAGCGUUGUCCCAACAGCGUAUGGAAUAUUUAAGUCCUGGCCGAAUAAUUGGAUCUCAAACCGCUAACAUAAUGAACACACGAAUCCCACCAGGUCUCCAAGCCAGCUUAGCCGCAGCGGCAGCCAACUCAGCCCUCUACACUCAAGGCCAGAUGGCACUCUUAGCUGGUUGGUUACCACCGCCAUCACCACCCCACCCUCCAAUAUCUCCAAUAUCCCCAGUGCUCAAACCGUCGCUCAAACGUCCCACGAGCAGCUCGAAUCCCGAACCAGCCAAACGUGCCAAGAAACGAGGUCCCAAAUCAAAAGACUCAGAGUUACCUAUUCCUCUUACAAAUUUGAGUCCCGCACCUCUAAGUCCCCCGAACUCAAUCAGUCCCGAAGUUCCCACAAAAGAAGUUGCACCUCGUGACAAAGUGUUCACCUGCGGGGUCUGCUCAAGGUCAUUUGGUUACAAACACGUUUUACAAAACCACGAGCGAACUCAUACUGGAGAAAAACCAUUCGAGUGUCCUGAGUGCCACAAAAGAUUUACACGUGACCACCAUCUUAAGACGCACAUGCGUCUCCAUACUGGUGAAAAGCCCUAUCACUGCUCACACUGUGACCGUCAGUUCGUCCAGGUCGCAAACUUGAGACGCCAUCUUCGAGUCCAUACUGGGGAGCGUCCAUACGCAUGUGAAUUAUGUGCUGCUAAAUUUAGUGACUCAAAUCAAUUGAAGGCUCAUUUGCUGAUUCAUAAGGGCGAGAAACCAUUUGCGUGUGAGCACUGUAACAUCAGAUUCAGACGCAGGCACCAUUUGGUCCAUCACAAGUGCGGAGUUGCUAAUGCGCAUGCGCAAAUGGUAGGACGUGGAUACGCGCAUGGUCAAUUAACUGGAGGUCAGCCUUCACCUGCGGCCAGUGAUGACUUCGAUGAUGAUAUUGAUAUUGACGAUGAAAUGGACAGAAACAAAAUGGCGGGAUUGAACGAAUUAAUGCCUAUUAAUCUUUCGGUACCCAUGGAGUUGCCAGAGCAGACAGAACCAGAGGAUCUAUCUAUGUCUACGGGUUCAAUGCGUGGUCACUCAAAUAGUCACAGUGGUGGAGAUUCGCCUUUAAGUCGCAGUCCAAGCAGUGAUUUGCAUGAUGAAGAUGACGAAGAUGUGGUAAUGGAUGAUAUUAAUGGAAGAUUAUUUUUAACAAGACAAAAUUUAGAUGUUUUUAGGCAUAGGAUUAAUCAUAGUAAAGAUAGAGUUUGUACUAAUUAAGUUUUUUAUUAUAACUCGGUAACUAUUGGAUAUAAUACUCGAUUAUUUAUUGUUUUUAAGUUACUAUCGUUUGAAUAAGACAGUUAUCAAUAUAAUAAUUUAUGUAAAUUUGUACAGUGUCGUAACUUUAAAACUAUCAAGCUUAGAGUUAAAGGGUCAAGGACUAAAAUCAAAGGAAACUUAAUUUCCUAUAACUUUAUUCUAGUGGUUAAUCGUUCUAUAAUUAGUUGUUUUAAUGUUACGAGAGUCCAAAUAACUCGCAGUAAUGAAUAUAAUAAUUUUUCAAAAACCAGUAAUGAUUAAUGCGACCAUAACUUCUAAACUAUCGCUUUUACAGUGAUAGGGUCAAGGAGUGAAAUUGUAGGAAAUUUCAUCCCCUACAAAUUUAUUUCAGUGAUUAAUCAUCGUAAAGUUGAUAUUUUAGAAGUUAUGACCGUAUUAAUCGUCAUAGAUCUUAUGAUUUUUUGAAAAUUCACUUGAGGCCAUAAGUUGUAAACUUUUGGGUUUACAACAAAAAGUAUGAGGACUUAAAUGGUCAGAAAUUGAAUUUCCAAUGAAUUCAAACCGGCAGGUAAAUUGUAAAUACAAGGAAAUUACGAGGAAACUAUUAACUUGGGAGUAAAUUUCAUAAGGAAUAAAAUUGUAGAAAAUUAAAUUUCCUUUUCAACGACCAUCUAAAAAAUGUUAUUACCUCAAUUUGUUACCGAGUAAUGAGCAUUUAAAGUUAAAACUUAAUUUUUAAAUUCGAUAGUGUAAAUAACUAUUUAUAUUAUAGAUAUAUAUGAAACGAUAACUGAUAAACUGUGGGUUCAACAGAUUAUUUAAAUCAGUACAAAGUUGUAGAGAAUUUAAUUUACGUUUCAUACAUCACCCAUUUGAUACCGUUAUCUGAAGUAGUUUUGGGGAUAAAUGUCAUCUUUGCAAAGCGAAAUUGAUAUUCAAUUUUUCGGUCCCAUUGGGCCUUAGGUCUCGUGACUCGCUUUUUGCUAAGGCCCAAAUUAAAUUAUUCAUAUUUUUGAAUGACAGGGACUAAGAAAUUAGGUUGAUAUUAUGGGUCAGUGUAUUAAAAUUUUUGGGCCUUAUACUUUUUUUUUAAUCCGUUAAUUUUUUUCAAGGCCAAAAAUUUAAUUAUUUAAGAAAUUUUAUCAUUUUUUUUUGUAUAAAUUCUUUAAGUCUGAUUAUUGAGUUAUUAUUAAUUAUUACUAAUUAUUAAUUAUUAAUUAUUAUUAUUAUCAUUAUUAUUAUUGGUUAUUAUUAUUUUUUGUAAAUAUUAUUAUCAUUUAAAAUAGAGUAUAUCAAAUUGACUAAUUGUUGGACUUUUUUAUAAUUUUUUUUUUCCCUCCUAAUUAUUGUAAUUCAACAAAUUUUUUUUUCCAGAGUUAGGAAAUUUUCCCGCCUACUGAGAAAAAAAUAAAUCAUUCCUUAAUUUUCCGAAGAUUUUCCUCUACAAUUUUUUUUUUCAAAUCAAUUAUUUUUCAAAUCUUUCUCCCAUCGAUUUGUGUUCUGGUAAAACUUUUUUUUUCUCCAAACUUAUGGAUAAAAAAAAACGAAUUUUUUUUUCCAGAGUUAGGGAAUUUCCCGGCUGAUAUUUUAAGACAACAAUUUUUCUUUAAUAAUCAUAAGUAAUAGCGCUAGAAUUUUUUUUAAACAUUAAGUCCUGAAAUAUCCUCGUAGAUCUUGAUCGUGUUCGAUUUCGCGUUGAGAAACGAGGGUUAAAAAAAUCUGGCACGCGUAUUGUCAUUUCUUACUCUCCUUAAUAAAUAUAAAAUAGAUUUAUAAAGACUUUCAAUGCAGCAAAUCAUGCAAAUUUUUUUUUUUUUUUUUUUUUUUCAUUUGAAAAAUUUUUUUUUUACCCGGGUUACAAAAGAGCCAAGUGACCUUGGGAAAUAAAUUUGCAUGAGCUGAGAUGACACUGAAUCUUUACAAAGAGUUGUCCCUUUUUUAGAUUCUUUAUAAAAUUUCUUAUUAUUAUUUUUUUUUUGCCUUUUUGACUCGAGUGCUAAAAAUUCACAGAAUCUUUUGCAAAAAAAUUAUUUGCGUUUUAAAUUCAAACUUUAUUAUUUGGGUGGUCGGCUACGCGUGUGAACUCAUUAUAUAUUCACGUGGGCGUCUUUUUAUAUUUUAAUUUUACUUUUUUUUAACUUCUCGCUAAGAAAAUUGAAUUUUUUUUUUUUUGAAAUCACAAAAGUUUGAAUUUUUAACUUUGGGUCUGGUUCAAAAAUUUACACAGCAGUAACUUGUGAUUAUUUAUAAAAAAUACGAAUUUUAAAAUAUCAGGCGGAAAAUUUCUUAACUCAAAAAAAAAUUUUCUUUUUUUUUUUAAGUUCUUCGAUACAAAAAAAAUCAAAAUUACUACUAAGGAAACGGGAAAAAUUUGUGGGUAUUGAGGGAAAAUUUUCAUUGGAAAAUUUUUGUUGGAAAAUUUGCUAACUCAGGAAAAAAAAAUUUUUUGAAAUUUAAUUUUUCUGUUGUAGUUAAGAAAUUAUUUAAGAAAAUAAAAAUUGAGGAGAAAAAUGUAAAAUUUUCCGGAAAAUUGAGAAAAAGUUUCUCUAAGAGGGAAAGUUAUUUGUUGGUUAAAAUGUUUUACAGAAAAUAGAAAGUAAAAUUAGUGAAGAUUUUCACUUCUUAGGAAAAUUUUUUUUAAUUUUCCAAUGAAAAUGAAAAUUGCUUUUGUCUGAGGGAAAAUUGUUAUGAAUGUAAAAAUGUAACGAAAUGUAAUUUUUCUUUUCAAGAAAUUGUAAAAUUUAUAAUUUAAAAUUUUUCAUUAAUUAUUUAAUUACUAUAAUUGUUGUCAAUUAGAAAACAAAAUAAAUAUAUAUGAAAUUAUUAUUAUUAUAAAUAUAUAUGUAUAUUAAAUAUUAUGAAUAAAUAUUUAAACGAGUACGCGGUACAAAAUAAUGAAUUUAAAUAAACAAAUAAUAAUGUAUACUAAAAUAAUUAAAGGAUUGAUAAGAAAAAUUUAUCAUAACUCAUAAACUAUCGAUUUCGUGAUAAAAAUUAAUGAGACAAAAAUUUUAGGAAAUUUAAUUUGCUACAAGUUUGUCCAUUAUCAAAAUUUCCAUAGGAUUGAUCGGUAAUGAGUUAUGAGCAUUUUAAAAAGUAUAUAUAUCUCCAAAAAUCGGGAAAUGAAUUUUUGGAAAAUAUAUAUGAAUCUAUAUCGAGCUUUAUCUCUGAAACUUUUGAGUUUAGAGCAAAAAGUAUAUGAACAAAAGUUGUAGGAAAUUUAAUUUUCUACAAUUUUGUAUUCUAUAAAAAUUGUUGUAAAAUGAAUUGGUAAUGAGUUAUAAGCGUUUUAAGAACUUAAUAUCGUCAAAAAUGGAAAAUGUUUUUUUGGACAAUAUAUAUGAAUCUAUAUAGAGCUAUAACUCAUUACCUAUCGAGUUUAGAGUAAAAAGUAACAGACCAAAAUUUGUAGGAAAUUAAAUUUCCUAUCCAAUGACCAUAUCUUUGAUACCAUUAUCUUCAAUAAUCACCAAGUAAUGAGUAAUUAAAAAAAUUAAUUUAGAGUAAUUCAAUUUUGAAGCUCAAAAAAAAUAGAUAGAUAAUUUUAUGCCGAUAACUCGAAUCCAAUUGAUUCUACAGAAAUUUUGAUUGAUUAUAAACUUGUAGGUAAUUAAAUUUCCGUUCCAAAAACCACCUAUUUACUAUAUUUGUUUUAAUUAGUUUCUGAGAUAAUUUGAAUUAAAAAUGAAUUUUGUUGAUGGGAAAAAAGAAGUCAAUUUUUAAAAAUCAAUCCUUUGAUUAUUUAAUUAACUGCCAACACUACCUCACUCACACGUAAUAAAAAUAUAUCUCAACCACAAGACUGAUAUUUUACACAUAGUAUUCCUAUAAAUAAAAUAAUAAUAAUAAUAAUAAUAAUAAAAA